UUCGUAUUAAAGACAAUGGUAUUUAAUUGCCCCAUCCCUCAUUCCCAUCCCGCUGGUCUGAACAUGUGCAUAGAGCUAUCUCUGGGAAUGGCAUCGGUCCACUUCUCAGAGCCUCAUCUUGAUAAAAACCCAGGAGUGUAUCUCAAUGCUGACCAGCCUCCCUGCCUCAAGUUCAUGGUGACGGAAGCAGACAUCAGAAGACAGGAAGAAAGGGUCAAGGAGGUCAGAGAUCGCUUACAAAGGGUCAUGAAGGGUGACCCGGAAGCUAUACAAGAUGAAUUAGACUUUGCAGAAGAUGAUUGAAUCAGAUUGCCCCCUUCUCCGCAUCACUCGCUCCUCCCUCCGCUAUCCGCUGAAGAUGCAGUCCGCAAUCGUGCUCCCUCUGUGUGUCUGACUGCCCAGCAUCCUAGGUAACCAUGGCGACCCCUCAUCACCUGGCCAAUCCUUCAGCAUCUCAGUGGCGAGGGCAGAGAAACCAAAGCCGCCCACAAUGCAAUUGGUUCUGCCGUCGUCUCCGGCGUUGACAAGAGAUGCCAGAAGGGUAUGUAGCAUCUCUCUGCUCCUACCGAUAUCAUCUUGAUGCCAUCAUCAUCAUCAUCUUCUAGUUCUUCUCUGUUUGAUUUCAGAGAUGCAUGCAUCUGAUAUCCCUCUUUCUCUUCACCCACUACAUCAUGCCAUAUUUUCAUGGCUAUCUCCCCAUCCCAAACAUAUUUUUAUACUACUGUAAUGAGUUGUACAUAUGUUUCAGAUAGGUAAGGCAGAGGAUGUCACAUCUAGACGUGCACUUUUGCUUUAUUUGUAUAUAUUGCACCACUGCUAUUAUUGACAAGGUGUAAAGAAAAUGAUGUAGAAAGAUGCUCCAUUUGUUGAUUGUAGUUCCAAAAAGGAAUGAAAUUUGCAAACCGAGGUAUAAAUGUCAGGAAACAGCAUUCAGUAUAUACAAAUUUUAAAUAAAAAUUACAAUUGAAUAUAUAAUAAAGUCUAAACUCAGAGAUGAUCAUUUUUGUUCAUAUUGAAGUUGAUUCAUUCUUCAAAUACUCCAAUGCGAUAAAAAAAAUUCUUGUAUUUAUGUCUCCAUGGUUUACAUCUGUUAAUUAUCCCUUUCUGCACGAUUAAGCAAUUUUUUUGUUAUCAAUUUCAUAUUUCAGUGUUUAAAACUGACCACAAUGUUUUUUUUCAUCCUAUGCAAACUAACAAAGUUUUCUGUUGAGUUCUUUGGCUUUAGUUAAAUGUUAACUUUGUUUUGUUGAUGAAUUCUUCCAAGUUGACCCUUUUGAGUUCAAAAGUUCAAUGAUAUUAAAUUAUUGUUCAUUGUGUUUAUUCAGUUCUCAUGUGUAGCUUAAGCUUUGAGUUUUCAAAUUGUUUCAUCUUCGUUAUAUCUAUGGAAAUACAAACUCCAGUGAACUUAUUAGAUAUUUCUUUCAGUCACGGGCAAGUGCAGCACCAUAAAACCUUCUAAGGAUGUCCUGUUACCUUUGACAAAAUCCAAACAGUACACAUACAUUAAUCUUUAAUUCUAUACAAAAAGAUAUGAUAUCUUAUUCCAGAAUGAUAUGAAAGAUGACUACUCAUAAUUAGGUCUAGAUAUACAUACAUGUAUAUUUGUUCUCUAAGAUUAACAAUUGAUGGUAGCCAACAUUAUGUGAACAACUUUAGAAAUCCUCUUUGCUGCUCAGUAAGAUAGGAAGACUACACUUGAAUAAUUUCUUUCAACAUAAAGUAUAGAUUAUGUUAGUUUCCUUUUCUGCAAUUAUGUCAGAAACAAAGUUGUAUUCUGAUUCUGAGGUUGGGCUUAUAAAUGUGGUAGUUGUUAUUUUCAUCUAAAAUACUCAAUAAUUGACAUUAAGAGAUAUGUAACAUUCUACUCAUUCCAAUAGGUAUGAAGGCCAGUUUUUAAUCAUUUUUUUUUCUAAAUGAUGUUGACUUGAUACUGUCUACAUAUCCUAAUGUAAUAACCACUGCGAUCAUGAUAUAGUACUCUGCAUUUGGUAAUCCUAGAUACACUCAAUUUUGAAA